AUGUCUCCAUCCGCUCCCGUCCGGAUGAUUCAGACGGCUGCCUGUCUGGUUAUUGGAGAUGAAGUCCUCAAUGGAAAGAUCGUAGACACAAACAGUCCCUUCUUCGCGAAAUACUGCUUCUCUCUCGGGCUCGAUCUCAAACGGGUGGAGGUGAUACCGGACGAUGAGGCGGAUAUUAUCGAGGCUGUCAGGCGAAUGUCCGACAAGUACGAUUUCGUGGUAACCAGUGGGGGAAUUGGUCCAACUCACGAUGAUGUGACCUAUCCAAGCAUUGCAAAGGCGUUCAACGUCCCAUUGGAAAUACACGAUGAAACCCGCCAGAGGAUGAGAAAACUUUGGAAAUCCAAAAGAAACGAGGCAACAUUCGACUGGGACACCCCGUCCAAUAGAUUGACGGCAAAAUUACGGAUGGCAACGUUGCCAACGGGUGCAGGAUGUCGAGCAUAUUUCCCUUCUGACGAGUUAUGGGUGCCUAUUGCGAUUGUGAAUGAUAACGUUCACAUCCUUCCCGGGAUCCCAUUGCUUUUCCAACAGAUGUUGACGGGACUGGAGAAAGAGCUGGUUCCACGGAUUGAGGCAUCCAGCCGGAAUAUAUUUCGAUUGAUGAUCAGUACCCCGCAGCCGGAGUCACAGAUGGCGGAUUAUCUCACAUCGCUACAGGAAAAGGUCCAGGAGCGUGGGGUAAAGGUGGGGAGUUAUCCACGGUGGGGGAAGCCGAGGAAUACGGUGACGUUAGUGGGGAGAGAUCGAGAGUAUAUAGAGGGCUUAGUGGAAGAGGUUUCAAAGCAGUUGGAGGGGGUGAGGGUUAGCGUGGAGGGUGAAGACGACAGCGAGAGUGACGAGGCGGUAGAAGGUGUAUAG